AUGAAGAAAUGGAAUACUGCCUAUUUCCAUCAUAAGGCGUCUCAGCGGAAAAAGAGGAACUAUAUUCAUGGCGUCAAGGAUAAAGAUGGUGUGUGGCAAACGGAGCAAGAGAAUAUUGAGAGGGAGGUGGAUCGAUAUUUUGACACGAUUUUUACCUCGUCUGAUCCUUCUAGAGAUAAUCUGCAAGAAGUUUUAAAGUAUGUGAGGCCUUCUGUGACCCAGGAAUACAAUGACAUUUUGAUUCGCCCAUACACAAAAGAGGAGAUUUAUGCUGCAUUGAGUGAUAUGCACCCUUGUAAGGCUCCUGGGCCUGAUGGGAUGCAUGCUAUUUUUUAUCAGAGGUUCUGGCAUAUUAUUGGUGACGAGGUAUUUACUUAUAUUAGCACUAUUUUACAUAACUUUUCUUGCCCAGGAGAUGUUAAUUGUACUAAUAUUGCUCUUAUUCCUAAAGUUAAAUCUCCUACUCUUGUCUCUGAAUUUCGGCCUAUCAGUUUAUGUAAUGUAUUGUACAAAAUAGCUUCUAAAGCUCUUGUUCUGAGGCUCAAACAAUUCCUCCCUGUAAUUGUAACUGAGAAUCAAAGUGCUUUUGUCCCUGGACGAAUGAUUUCGGACAACUCUCUCAUUGCUCUGGAGAUUUUUCAUACUAUGAAAAGGAGGAAUAACAGCAGGAAAGGCUUGAUUGCGAUGAAACUUGACAUGAGUAAAGCUUACGACAGAGUGGAGUGGGGUUUUCUCAGGAAGCUUCUGCUGACAAUGGGUUUUGAUGGAAGAUGGGUUAAUUUGGUGAUGAGUUGUGUCUCAACUGUAUCGUAUUCCUUUGUUAUUAACGGACGAGUAUGUGGUUCGGUGACUCCCUCCAGAGGAUUGCGCCAGGGUGAUCCUUUAUCGCCGUUCCUGUUUAUCUUGGUUGCUGAUGCUUUUUCUCAGAUGAUUCAACAAAAGGUGGCUACGAAAGAAAUUCAUGGUGCGAGAGCAAGCCGGAAUGGUCCAGAAAUCUCUCACCUUCUUUUUGCAGAUGACAAUAGAAUGUGGAAGAAAUUGAGGGGUUGGAAAGAAAAGUUGUUGUCCCGAGCUGGGAAAGAGGUUCUUAUCAAGGCUGUUAUCCAAGCCUUGCCUACAUAUCUGAUGGGAGUCUACAAGCUUCCUGUUGCUGUUAUACAAGAAAUCCAUUCUGCUAUGGCUCGAUUUUGGUGGGGAGGGCGAGGGGAUGAACGGAAAAUGCAUUGGCUAAGUUGGGAGAAAAUGUGUAAACCUAAAUGUAUGGGAGGUUUGGGAUUCAAGGACCUUGCGGUUUUCAAUGAUGCUUUGUUGGGUAAACAAGUUUGGCGUUUAUUACAUUACAAGAAGUCCCUUUUGAGCAGGGUGAUGAGUGCCAAGUAUUAUCCUCAUGGUGAUGUUUGUCAAGCAAGGUUAGGAUAUUCUUCUAGCUAUUCGUGGCGGAGUAUUUGGGGUGCGAAGAGCUUGGUAAUGGAGGGUCUGAUUUGGAGGGUGGGAGAUGGUAUGAAAAUUGACAUAUGGAGUGCACCAUGGGUGGGCGACGAAGAAGGUAGAUUUAUAAAGAGUGCUCGAGUGGAGGGACUAGAAGUGGUAGGAGAUUUACUGGAUGUCGAAAGAAGGGAGUGGAAUACGGAACUUAUUGACAGAUAUUUCAAUGAACGUGACCAACAUUGUAUUAUGGCGAUCCCUCUAAGCGCUAGAUGGUUACAAGACGAAUUAACUUGGGCGUACUCUAAGGAUGGUACUUAUUCGGUGAAAACCGCUUACAUGUUGGGUAAAGGUGGGAACCUGGAUGAUUUUCACAGAGUGUGGAACAUUUUGUGGAACUUAAAUGUGUCGCCUAAGGUUCGUCAUUUCAUGUGGCGCGCUUGCACAAGCUCACUCCCGGUAAGGGAAGUGCUUAAGCGACGUCACCUCGUCGAAGAAGCUAUUUGCCCCUGUUGUGCUAGAGAGGAUGAGACGCAAUCACAUCUAUUUUAUAGCUGCUCGAUGUCGCUGAAGUUGUGGGAAGAGCUGGGUUGUUAUAUGUUAUUGCAAGGGGUGGAAGAUGAAGCCAUGUGUGAUACGCUCGUCAGAUGGAGUGAGAUGGAUGCAAAUGUGGUUCAAAAGGGCUGUUAUAUCCUUUGGAAUGUUUGGGUGAAAGAAACAAGAAAGUGUUUGAGAAUACUAGCCACCCCGCUACUGUUGUGUGCCAGAGAAUCAUGA